AUGAUUGUUUUUAAUAUUUAUAAAAAGUUAAUUGAAAAUAAAAAAGUAAGAUCAAAGAAAUAAGAGUAAGAUUACAAUAAAGACGAAAUUAAAAGGUUUUUAAUGGAAUAAUUAAGUAAUGGGAUUAUAAUAAAUAUACUUAUUGAGUAUUUAUUUAGAGAAUAAAUAAUUGAUAAAAUUAAUAUUUAUGCAUUUAAGAUCUUCAUCUUUGUGUUCAGCACCAUAGAUCGAAAUACUCCAAUCAGAACGUACAUUACUGACAACACCUGUGACUUAACGUGCAUUAUUUAAGACAUUUACAGAAAUGGCUAAAGCGUACGAUAAAAAAGUAGGUUUAGAAAGGCAUUUUCAAAUUCAAUAUAGAGAAUUCCAUCACCUCGAGCUAGAUUAAUGUUGUAGUUAACUCAUAAUAAAGUACAACGUGAAUAAAUAAUAUCAUAAUUAACAGAGAGACAUUAAGAAGUUAUUGGUAAUGCAUUGAUAAAUGGAAAUUAAAAAAAACAAAAAAUUCGAAUAGUUUAAAAAUUAAAAAGGAGAGAUCAUUCACCAAAGAAAGUAGUAAACUUGAAAGAAGGAGCAAAAAGUAAAUAAAAAUAAUGAAAUAGUUUAUUAAAUGCCUAAUUUUGAAUUACCAACUUUUGAGGAUGAAAUUGAUCACCCACCAUAAUUAGCAUUUUAUAUUGAAAUUUAAGAGUUUUAUAGAAAUGUAAAGAGUUUUCGACCAUCAUUUACAGAAAGUGGAACAAUGACAUUUUUUGGAGAAUCUUUAUAUUUAUAUGGAGGGAUAGCAGGUGAUGGAAUAAGAGAUGAAAUGUUAAGAUUUGAUUUAAGUAAAUAAAUAAAAUAAUUAGGAUAUUAGGAAUGGCACACUGUUGAAACUUAAGGUGAGAAGCCUAAGAAUGGUAGAGCUGCUCAUACAAUUAUUUCAUUAAGAAAUCAUUUCAUAUUAUUUGGUGGAGCUUGCAAAUUUAAUAUAAAAUUAAAGAUAAGAGAAUGUUUUAAUACUGUUUAUGAUUAUAAUGUUACUACUAGAUUUUGGGAGAAGAUAAAUACAUAAGGAGAUUAUAUAGAACCUAGAAGACAUCAUAAGGCAUGUAUAUAUGGAUGGAAAUGGAUGCUUAUUUAUGGAGGAAUCAACAGUAAUGAAUAGGUCUUAUCCGAUACAGCUUUAUAUAAUAUUGAAAAAAUGAUAUGGAAAUUAUGGGACGUUAAAUCUACACCUAUUUGUUGUCAUUCUAUUAUUAAUAUAUCACAAUCUACUAAAUUCAAUGAUACUACAACUGAUUUAAUACCAGUAGAAAUCAUUUAUUCUUUUGGAGGAAAAGAUUAAAAAGGAGAUUCUACUAAUACUAUUAAGAAACUUAUAUUUUAUCCUAAUACAACUACUCCCAUUGCUUGGGAAACUAUUCAAGUAGGAGGAAAGCCUCCUCUUCCUUCUCAUAAUCAUACUAUGGAGUAUAUUAAAAAGUUGUAAGGAAUUGUCAUUUUGGGAGGAUAAAGGGAUGAAUUAAUUAAUGGUUCUUUAGAAUCUAAUAAUUGUUAUGUUUUCUAUCCACAUCUCAAUAUAUGGUAAGAAGUUUAAAUGGAAGGUAAUAAUCUUCCAAGAUGUGCUCACACUUCUGUAUUAUUAAAUUCAAAAAUUGCAGUUUUUGGUGGUAUUGGUAAUGGGAGGUACUUAGAACCAUUAAUAAAUUAUAUAGAAACUGAAUAGACUAUAGUUCAAUCGAAAAUUACAAAAGAAUAAUUUAAUAAAAGAUAAACUUAGUAUUUAUUGUUUAAAUAAAAAUCAACUUUAGAUAAAAUUGAAUCUUUGAAUUUGAAUUUCACUCCUAAAUAAAUUCCUACAUUUCAAUAUGAUGGCUAUAAAGGUUUAGGAUUUAAAAUACAAACAAAAAAACUCUAAAGUUCUUCAUCUAAAUCAAUUUUAUCCUAAAAAAAGCAAGUUAAAAUCAGAUAUGAUAUUUUAAUUGCUUUUGUGAAAAAAGUAAUUGCAGAAAAUUUAGAGGAAUUGAAUAAUUUAGGUAAGUUUGUGAAAAAAUAUUGA